AUGUAUUUGGAUUGUGUUCUUCGUGAAAUGUUUCGCUUUGUUCCACCUGGUUUCGGUACAGUACGUAUACUUACUGUCGACGAUCGAUUGCCAUCGACUGGAGUUGAAUUGAGAAAAGGUGAUUUUAUGUUCAUUGCUAUCCAUAAUAUGGGACGAGAUAGACGUUAUUGGCAAGGACCAGUUGAUCCUGAACGAUUUCUAGUGGCAGGUAACGAUGUCAAUAAUAACAAAGCAGUAUCGAUUCCAUUUGGUGGUGGUGGUCAUCAUCAGUGUAUUGGUCAAGAUUGA